GAACGUUUUGAACCUUUGUGCUUGCCGUUGUCUCCACAAAAUAUUCCUCAUUUCUAGAAAGGCUGUAUUAGUGCCCUGUUUCAUGCAUUUCACAUACUGAAUUUAAUUGUAGUUAUUACAGAAUUGAAAGACCAAGAUUAACUGUAGUUUUGUUAGUAAGGAGGCAUUUGAAGCUAGUUAGGGUAUCGUUUGUAACGUCUGAAAGCAGUAAAUAAGCUAGUAGCAAAGCAGUAAAUAAGCUAGUAGCAAACACUGGCGCCUUGUAGCCCUUUCUAUUUGCUUCACUAAUAGUCUGAAGCGUUUCUUCCAAAAUGAUGUACUACUCUGACUACGACUCUGAUGAAUAUUCGUCUAAUGAUGAUGCUGACUACGUCCCAUCAGAUGAUAACCUCAGUGAGGAUGACAUCAAUGAGUGUGAAAAGGAAGACCCUCUGCACGAGGAUGACAAUGUGCCACAUCCUGGCGAUGUCAGCAAGAAGAAGAGGAAGAAAAAUGACAUUGGUGUGAGAAAGAGGAAGAAAGGAGUACUAAGAGUAGACAACGAAGAGGGGGAUGGAGGUGCAGCAGAAGCGGAGCAGAACCCACAGGAAGAGGUGGAAAAAGUCACGGAGGUACGGGUGGAGGAUGAUGCAAAACAGAAGAAAAAAUCUGAUGACCUCUGGGCGAGCUUCCUAUCUGAUGUUGGAUCCAGACCCAAAGACGCCCCAUCUCCCUCACAGUCGGGUACCACACAGAAGGAUGAUUCCUCAGUAUUGAAUGUUGCUCCUUUGAGUAAAGAAACGAAACCAUCACAACCUGCUGAAGUCACCAUCACCAAAGUGUUUGACUUCGCUGGAGAAGAAGUUAGGGUGAAUAAAGUGGUAUCAGCAGACUCCAAAGAAGCUAAGAUUUAUCUGCAGAGCCAGAUCACCAACGAGGAGGAGAAUGAAGACGAGGGGGAGGACUCACCACCCGGACAACCAGGCCCCAGCGCCAAGCGGCCGGUGGGCAUGUCGAGCCUCAUGAAUCGUAUGGGGGGAAAGAAGCAGAAGAUGAGUACGCUGGAAAAGUCUAAGAUGGACUGGGACGCUUUUAAAUCGGAGGAAGGCAUCACUGAGGAGCUGGCCAUCCACAACAGGGGCAGAGAGGGGUAUGUGGAGCGGAAGAACUUCUUGCAGCGCGUCGAUCACCGGCAGUUUGAGAUGGAAAAAGCAGUGCGAAAGAGCAACAUGAAACAAUGACUCAGAGUCACUCAGAGUGGAACAGAUGUUCGUCUACAUCUUGCUUUCUCUCUCUCUAAUGACAGACUUGUUAUUCCCCAGUAAAGUGAGCUCAAACCGGUGCUGGGGCUGGAGUCUAUUUCAGGACGGGAUAUUAAUAGGCUGAUUUUGUGGGAUGAUGGGGUGCUGAGUGUUCUUGUACUUCCAUCUUUGUGAGAACCAAUUAGAGCUUCAGACCUUCACACUAAGGUCAUUUUUGGGAAGUGAGCUCAUUCUUGCCUGUCCUACUUCCUUACAGGGCUGAUUUAGAACUAGGACUUAGUUUUAGGGUUAAAGAAUAAUUCCGGUUUAUACAAACUUUUUUAUUUUAUUUUAUAACAUCGCACACAUUAACUGCUGAGAUCUGGGGACACAGUGACUUAAAGCAAGAGGUGUACUUCAAUGCUUAAACUAGGAUCUGUUUAAGGUUAGGCUGAAGGUUGAGGUUGGGUAGAGCAGUGAGCCGAGCGGCUGGCUAUGGAAGUUUCUUUUUCUAAAUUUCCUGUGCAAGUUCACUUAGGCCCUGUUUCUACUUAACCUUGAUCAGAGAAAACACAUGUUAAUACUGGUGUGAAUGCAUGUACAACACCUUGCAGUCAGAAUGUGUCAGAUCUCAGCCAGGUGUAAAGGACAGCUUGUAUAGUGUGACCACAACCACACCCUGAGGAAAAGGUUGAAAGGUCACCUAUAACUCCCCCUCUUCCUGCUAUCUCAAGCUGCCCGUCAAAAAGCUGCAGGCAGUACCUUCCUCUGCAGAGGAAAAACGAGUAGAUCCCAACUGCAGCAUCGCUGUAGGAGACUCCUGAGUGACCACUCCAAAGUGACUGACGGGGGUAGCCAAGCCAGCACUCGUGCUUCUCCACUGGCUAUGAUAACCUUCUUGCAAUAAGUAAGAAGGAGCCUAGUUUGCAAGGUUUCCAAAGACUACAUGUCUGCUAGAUCCAAUCAGAAUGAAGCCGAACGCUUGUUAAUACCAGGUGUGAAUGCAAAGGCCUGGAUCAGAUGUUAUCACCGGGAAGAAAGGAGGUCUUAAGGAUAACUUCCAUGUUCUUCAACACAGAGGUUGAACCAUAAUGUCGGGUUGUCUCCGAGUCAGAGCUGAUAAACCAGAGUUCUUGCAUGUUCUGAACACUGAACAUGUUGCUGCAAACAAGAACAAAGCACCACACCACGGCUGCUGAAUCUUUUCCAAAAACCUAAAAAUGGAUUGAUUACAAUUUCCAAUGAGUUCUGCAAAGCUGAACUUUUAACUUGACCCCCACUUUUGAGGCUCUUUGAUUGGAUGUUUUUUACCUGAAUACUCCCUGGUACCCUACUCUAUUGUUGUAUUUUCAAUAAAAGAAAACAGCAGUGUCAUAUUGUUUGUAAUAUUGAUCAAGUCAGGUGUUUUCAUGUUUCAAGUUUUGGUAACACUCCAACCAUUAGUCACCUACCAUGUUGCCCCAUACACAUGAUGUAGUGCUGACGGUUAAAGCACCCAUGUGUACGUUUUGAACAUUUCUGACUUUGGCAUUUCCCAGCUGUGCUAUCCAAAAAGAAACUGUUGCACACUCUCCUGCAGAGCAACAUCACAUGUCUCAAAGAAAAUAAUGUAAUAAUUCAUUCAUUCAUUCAUUAAAAGACAGUUAAGGUUUAAUAUGUCCGUUUGUGUUAAAGGUGCAAUAAGUGAGAUAUGGACAGAAUUUGUAUUUAAAACAUGUUAGAAUUAACUGAUGUGCAGCGGUAACAGUGUUGGCGUUAAUCUAAAAACGUCUGUAUUGUUUUGCAGAGAUAUCUACUGUCUUGUAAUACCACUUGUUCCUCUAGAGGCGAUAGUGAGUCAGGCUGACACUAGUGCAGCUGCACCGAGGGAUGUCAAUAAUACGUCUAUGGUCUGUGUGUUUUGCAUGCUCCAUGUACACUUUUGAUAGUUUGUUAAUUGGCAGAAACAAAACAAACGACUUGCACCCUCACCUCGUCCUCAACUAUUUCCCCGGGAGUGAAGCGGUCGGCAGCUCCAGAAGAAGCUCGGUGUACGGAGCUCCACCAGCCUACUGUGACUCCGAGUCCUGCCGAGGUAGUUUCCGUGAGGCGGGAAAGGAUGAGACGGAAAUACGAGUCGUUUUCUCGUUUCUGCUGCUUGUGAUUUAGUUCAAUAAAGAAACUAUCAAAAGCGUACACGGAGCGUACAGCCCCCAGUUAGUGUCAAGAAAACACACGGCUGACUAAUCGAUAGAUGCCACACGUGAAGAUCAUAAAAUCAUCUUGUUCGGCUCCCUGAGUUUCUGCAGGUGGAAUUGUGCAUAUUCUUGCUCUGAUGUUAUAGUGGUAACCUUUUUUUGUUUGUUUGUUUUUUUAUUUUUUUAACUGAAAAUGUAGAUUAUAUGGACCCGGAAUAAGAUUUGAAUUGUUGGCCCUAUUUGUUUGGGGCAGGUGUCCAGGCAUUACACAUUGCACCUUUUUAAAGGUUUGGUUAGAUGCAUGUCAUUGUUUGGUAGAUGUGUCAUUGUUUGAGUGUGCCACUAAUAUCGUUUCUUUAGGCCGUUGAUGACAUUUUUGGGGUUUGGAAAAUAACUGUAGUUGAUGUAAUGCCUUUAAAUGUGAACAUUUACUUUUGAAACCAUCAUGGGACACUCAAAGCCCCUGCUGACCACUGAAGUUAUGAUAACAUGGAUUCAUGCUUUCUGGAGACACUGUACAGAGCACUGUAAUGCUGAUCAAUACCAGCAGAGAAAUGUAAUCAAUCUAACUGCAUCAUCUCAUCAUAUGAGAGGACCACACUGACUGCCCGUCCCUCAGGGGCUGUUCUGUCCUGGAAGAACAGACCUGAGGACAGACACGAGAGUGGUGAGAGGAGGAUGUUUUGUUAGUUUGAAUGUGGAGCCUUGAUGCCGCUCUCUGUUUAUUCAUGUAAAUAUUAGAUAUUCAAUAAACACAGAUCAUUUUAAA